ACGCGAUACCAUCCAGAAGCCCUAAAAGACAUUAUUCGUUCGUUGGAAUGGGCGAACCUUACUUUUGACGAAGGCCCUGGUGUUGGUGGGGAUUAUGGUCCAUACUUUCAGUCAGAAAGAAAAUCACUGUAUAGCACAGUGGUAGAUCAACUGAUCAAAGCCGGCCUGGCCUAUCCCUGUUUUUGUUCAUCCGAGCGUUUGGAACUGUUGCGCAAUGAGCAGCGUCGUCGGAAAGAAAAUCAACGAUACGAUAAUCGGUGUCGUUCCAUUCCAUCAUCGGAAGUUCAACGACGAAUCCAGUCCGGCGAGUCCUACACAGUUCGCUUCAAAGUAGGCUACACAUUUGUAGUUCGUUAUAACAAAACCGUGUUUCACUUGACUGCCGCCAAGUCAUUUUUUCGAAACUCGUUUUCAUCUCUUUUUAAUGUUGUUCUCUGUCGUUUGGCUUAA